UCUACACAAUACAUCACUAUUGAAACAUACUGUAUUGCUGCACUCUUCUGAAUGGGUCCCAAAUUAGAUGCACCUGUUGAGAUAGCAACAGGCACAUCUAAUAUGCUAAUCAAGGGGAUCUGUGACCACAGCGUGCUAUUUGAAAGCUAGCGGAACAACAGGUUGAUAAAACAAGGCUUUUACCUUGGACUCUGUCAGUUACAAUCUUCUACAAUCUGAUUGUGUUGUAUUGUCUGCAUGUCUGUCGGUUGAUGGCCAGCAAUAAUGUCAAGGACUCUAAGACUUCAUUCUAGACUUCUGUUCAUGUGUCUGAUGAUAGCUGCUGUGGAUGUCAGUUGUUCAUAUUCAUCAAGGGGCAGAAGCAGGAGAGCAGUACACGAACAGGGAAGUUAUCUCGGUGCAGAGAGCCCCAGAAGCUGGAGGCCUCUCUACAACCCGUACACACUUCCCCCUAGUCUGAGCCCAAGCCAACCGGUCCCCAGGAUUGUCCAACCUGACCAGGCUCAGAUGGUCUUUAGCCCAAGACCGGAAGUCCAACCUGGGACCAAAAACGUUGUGGCCAACCAGAGAGAAGGUUCCCCUGAUGGCGACGAGUCUGAGCCCCCCAACAGUCAAUCUAGCAAAUUUCCAAGCAGCUCUGUGCCUAGUAAGACUGUCCAUUAUCGUACCUACCCUUCUAGUGGCCUAGGUAGCCCAAUUGUCCCCAGAACCUGGGGUUCCUCUGAAACCUUUUAUUCCAUCAAAAACCCUGUGAUCCAAAGUAGCCAUGUUGCCACCAGUAGUUUCCAACCUGCCAGGGACAUAUUUGGCUCUCCUGUUGUUGAAUACAACCCCAUCCCAGCCCAACAGGCUGAAAACCCUGUGAGUAACAAUGAGAAAUCCAAAUACAGAACGUUUCUGUCUUCCUACCUCUUCGGGGGAUCCCAACCCACUUCCAGCACCUCUGAAACCCCUCACAAGGGCCCUAGUGAAGGAAUGAAGACCAUUAGUGGACAUGGUGCCACCUCUGCUACCCAAAGUGAAGGAAACCCCAGUGUUCAUGGGUCUGGAAGAUCCACACAUGUCCAAGGGGGCUAUGGCUACAUAGGCUCUCAGUCGUACCCUACAUCCUUUAAGUCUUCCAAUGGACGACAAGCACCAGUGCACCCACCAACUCUGAGCCAAUCGGCUUCUUCUAAAGUAGAUGCUACCAGUGAAGCCCAACAUGUUUCUAGUAUCACCAAACCCUUCCAUCACAGUGCUAACUUUUCCCAAAGUGGAGGUAGCCCUAGUAGCUAUUCCCCUGGUGAAAAGGCUGAUACUCAGGCUAAAAGUGCUUUCAGCAGAAUUCAACCUCUUAUUAGAUUUGGCUCUUUCUGGAACACAAUAGCCCCCACUGCAACUCAACCCACCCAAAGUCCCUUUGAGCCUGCAGAGAGAGUAACUGCACCUCAUAGUCCUGCCCCUGACCAGUCUUUGAAAACCAAGAGUAGCUAUGUCCCUUGGAAGAAACAUGGGCUAAGAAGCUCAUCCAGUGUUCAGAACGGGGGAGCCACAGGCGGUUACAAACCUGGAAGAUCCAUGGAUGUCAAUACACUCGGAGGGUUCCAAUAUGAAGAUCCAGAGACAACAUUGGCUCCCAUCGUGAGUAAAGAUGACAUACGUUCUGUUGCUAUCAGACCUUCAGUCAACACAAACACUGCAAAGAGUCAGGGUACUGGCUGGAGAAAUAGUCAUGUUACACAUAGGGGCAUGAAAAUGGGUUCUGUCAGUGGGUAUCCAGCUGUAUACAAAAAGUAUAGCUUUGCCCCUAGACUUCGAGUAGCUUCCACUACAACUUCCUCUGCCCCAAGCGAUACUCUAGCCCCAAGGAUGUUCAAAUCAGGCCCACAAGAAGUCCAACUUAUGUCCAUAGAAGACGACCUAGCCUCUGACAGCCUACAUGCCUCCAGCAAUGUCCAGUCUUCUUCAGAAGUGCAGACUACCACCAACAUGCCUCGCUCUACCCCGAGAGCUGGUAGGCCUUGGUUUCGUAGAUACACACCUAGCAAGGAUAACAAUGCUAAAACCGACCAUGUUUCCAAGGGAUUCCAACCAGCCCCAACCCAACUACAAUCUCCCCAGAGUGAGAGUCUAAAUUGCAUUCAGCCAACCUCUAGUCUCCCCAGCAACAAUGAUUUCCAUGACAGUUUGACUGCAGGAGAGCCUAAACCUGGUCCAACAAGCUCAGCCCCUUUCAAGCCUGAUGCUAGAUUCAACAUGUUUGAGUCUGUCAUUUACAGAAGGCUCAAAGGGUCCAGGUCCAAACAGAAUGAAGGUGUUCUGGGCAUAAAGCUCCCAGGUGAAACUAGGCCCUCAGGCAGCCAUGUAUCUGCCCCUGCUGAAAUCCAGCCCACCUCCAUUACUACAACAGCCAGCCAGAGCCAAAAUGUCCACAGUAUUGAAACUUCUCAAAGCAGUGACUCAUUUCACAAAACUGUGGAUGACUCUAGUUACGAAGACCCCAAGUCUCCCCCACAUGACUCAGAAAGCAAUGAAAUGGCAAGCAAUCCCUUUAGGUUCAUAUCUGGUAAACUCCCAAAAAGCCAGAACAGCUACGCUUUCAUGGGCUUCCAAAAACCUAUAAGCAAAGCAAGAUCAACCCAGGACAAGGAUGCUGAUCUCAGUGCACAAACUGUGCCUCCGACCAGCAAAGAGCACCCACCCCCAGUUGCACCCACCUCUGCCCCCAGUGUCCACCCAAGCCCUCCCAGAGUCCAAGUUCAACCAGACCCAAGCACCACUGAACUCCCAGAGGGUCGCAAACCGACCAGCACCGUUGUAAAGGGCAAACGUGUUAAGGGGAAGCGCGUGAAGGGCCAAAAUCGUUUUUCUCCCUCCAACGACAACACCUCUUCCUCCAACGACACUGCCUCCCGACCGGCCAAGCCCCACCCCAUGAGGUUCAAGGCUAUCCAGUUUGCUGAUAUCCUAGGAAGUGCCUCUUUCAGCGGAAUCCAACCCAGGGGAAGCUCCAGACAAAGUGUGCAGUCAACAUCCAAUACUGCAGCGUCAGGCCAAGAUGGAGGUGCACUGGACAAGGAUCAACCAACACCCAGAGGGUUGGAGUCACCCCAAGGUAAAGGAGGGGACCCCAAGGCUGUCAGAUUCCCACCGUUCCCCAGUGAUGCUUCUCAGAGUGAAGAGGUGGAUGUGAGUAGUGUCAUAUGGGAAGUCCAAAGUGGUGGUAGGGAACUUCAGUAGUAUGGGGUGGGGGAAAUGAGGAAAGAACUUAACUAGUUGAGGAUGUCUGCAGGUAAUCUUUCCUUCAAGUUCCGGUUUGAAUUCAUGAAAGAUGUGACCUGACCCCAUAGCCAUCCUCUCAAGUAUUUAUUCAGGUCAUGGUUGUGCUUGUAAAUGUGAAAAUUUAUAAUAAAUGUUUGUACUUUGA